GAAAGUUACUGUCCCUGCUACUGCAUACAGAAACGAAAAUCUACCUCCUCUAUGAGACCAUCUCCAUUAUCAACUAAGACUAAAAUGGAGGCUAAAAAGCCUAAUGUGGAAAUCAAGCCAUGUGAUCCGGCGAUACUUCAAGGAAGAACUAUAGGUGAGAUCUUACCAGACUAUCAGAGAAUCACACGGGAAUUCAUCGAUGAGACAUAUCCAUCAAUGAGUGAUGAAGAAUUGCUUGAUCUCCCUAGCAGCUUGAGAGUGAAAGGCGAUCUAGAUCAAGCGAGGGUAUUGUGGGCCUUUCCGACAGGCUCAUUAUCACCCGGAGUUGCCGGACAAGCUAUGAUGAGAGUUAUGUACCACGACGUGAGAUUUAAUUCGGAUAGUACAGUCGUUUCUACGUUGAGGCUUGCUGCUCAUGGCUUGCUCCAUGAGGCAAGUGUACGAGAUCCUCUUAAUACGAAUUGGGUGGAAUUGAUGUCGCGUGUAUUGGAUCAUCCUGUUGGGGAAGUUGACGAACUUUUUUAUUUAGAAUGAUUAUAAUAAUUAGAGUGAUGAGAGUGAUGAGAGUGAGGGUAUAUGUGCCCUCUAAGAUCUUCAUCAAUGACUACAACUCUAAAUACUACCUUUCCUUCGGUUUUCA